GUCAACUUACUGAUGAGUCUUCAAUAACUCCUUCAUAUUGUUCUCUCUUAAAUUAUUAAACUCUUGAAAUGGAAUCAAACUUAAUCCUUAUUAUUACAGCACUCUUCUUCUCAACCUUCUUUCUCUCAAUGUCAACUGAAGACACUACUGAGAAAGUAAUUAAAAUUAUUAACGAUGAUAAACCAAAACAAAAUGUUUAUGAGUUGUACCAAAAAGUUGAAAAUGACCUUGCAAAUUCUCAAAUUUACAUGUUAAAAGAAAUCAAUACAAAAAUUGAUGAUCUUGAGGAGCGUUUGAUGAAGAAAUUUGAGAAAGAUUUAAUGGAAAAUGAAGGAACAAUAUUAAAAUUGUUGGAAAAUAGAAGCAUCCAUCAUUCAAUUCUCCACUAAAGUGCUUAGCGUUU